UUGGCUUUAGCUUGUCUUGGGGCUUGAUUUCCUUCACCUUCCUCAAUGGAAACAGACCAGAUGUUCAUUACCAAGGUUUCUACCUCUCUAACCUAAUCAUUGCAGGGCAGGGACAGACAUCCUACAUGUGCUACCAUGCUGCAAACCAGCUUGAGUAAUAUAACAGUCGCCCCCAGAAGAAAUAGGGAUAACUCCCGAGUGCUUCACAAUGCUGCUUGAGCUGGGAGGCAGCUGGAUGUCUGUGUGCUCCUGAAGCAUCACAGAUUAAAUAUGUCUUAAGAAAAGGUGAAGCUUGAAGUGUUUUGUGUCUGACUGUCCCUGUUCUGCCCAAGGCAAAAGCAUCUCUUGUGCUGGUGAUCGAUUGGAUGGGGCAGGAUUGAGGGAUGCAACUCAGCAGCACGGGCCACAGCUGCAUGGUGCCUGGCUUGGACCGGAUUAGGGGCUGUCAGGUGGAAGCCUUUUGCCACCAGAGGACUAGCUGUCUGUGAAAGGGAGUGCAGGCCAUGCCUAGGUCGACAGACAGCAAGUGGCAGGGGGAGACUACAGGUCCCAGCACACAAUGCUACUCAGCCAGGACUGCAAGGGAGGCUGCUGGGAGCCCUGUAGGUGGGACCUAAGGUGUCCCCAACCUAACUCCACCUAGCAGGAAUAGAGGGCAGCCACGAUCCACAUGCUGCAGCACGGUGCCAGAGAGCAGAGAGCAGGGGGUAAAGUCUGGCCCUGCAGGACUGCUGCACAAAUCACCCUGGAUUCUCCCCAGCAACAGAGGGGAUGUGGCAUUCCAGCCAUCCAUCCCAUCAUCAGUGGCUACACCCGGAUUGUAAACGGUGAGGAAGCAAUUCCUGGAUCCUGGCCUUGGCAGGCCUCCCUGCAGGAGAAGAGUGGCUGGCACUUCUGUGGAGGGUCCCUGGUCGGGGAGGACUGGGUGGUGACAGCUGCACACUGUGGUGUGACGACAUCCAAUGUGGUGGUGCUUGGGGAACAUGACCGCGGCUCCAGUACAGAGCAGGUACAGAAACUGGCUGUCAAAAAGGUCUUCACCCACCCGAAGUGGAACCCCCAAACCAUCGACUAUGACAUCGCUCUCAUCAAGCUGGCCACUCCUGCUAAAGUCAGCAGGACAGUCUCCCCUGUGUGCCUGGGAGAAACCAGGGAUCACUUCUAUAGUGGCGAGCUCUGCGUUACCACAGGAUGGGGCAAGACCCGGUACAACGCUUUCCUCACCCCCAACAAGCUACAGCAGACAGCACUACCCCUGCUGAGCAACCUUCAGUGUGAAGAGUACUGGGGCAACCAGAUCACAAACCAGAUGAUCUGUGCUGGUGCAGCUGGCUCCUCUUCCUGCAUGGGUGACUCUGGUGGCCCGCUUGUAUGCCCAAAGAAUGGAGCCUGGUACCUGGUGGGGAUCGUGUCCUGGGGUAGUAGCAAGUGCUCCACCACCAUACCAGCAGUCUAUGCCCGCGUGACUGAGUUCCAUGAAUGGAUUGCCCUGACCAUGGCGAGUAACUGA